GCAACCGUGCUUGAACUGAGAACUCCAUCAGUAUGGCACGAGGAACAAAUCCCUCCAUGGACACAGGCAACUGGUGCGAGGAGAUAAGCAACGAAGGAAGAUGCCUUAGGGAACUGCCGGGACCUCCCGGGUCCCCCGAGCCGCGGGCAAAGCGAGAGAACGUCGCCGACAUGGCAGCAGAGCCGGCGGCCACUGCCCCUCCGACGCUGCGCAGCUUGCCCCCUGUGCCUUCUACAUCAAGAAUGGGAUUUUCAGAACUUUCCAUCAGGGAGCGUAUGAGAGAGAAACUAAAAGCAGCCAGGUCAAAAGCAGAAGCUUCUUUAUCUCAAGAAGACCCAGGUCCACGGCCAAGGCAUUUAAAAAGCAUCAGGGAAAGGAAAGCAGAACUCAGAUUGGAUAAAGGGUCUGGUGAUAAACUUGAAGAGAUGAGGGAUGAAUCUCUCUUGUCAUCAAAAAUAAAGUUUUCUGAUUCUGUGAAAAAACUCAAGCAGAAGUCAGAGGCCCAGAGUGAUUAUCCUUCUGCUGAAGAAGCAUAUAAUUUCUUUACCUUCAAUUUUGAUCCUGAACCAGAGGGUAUAAAGGCGGGAGCACGGAAAAGGAGUGAAUUAAAUGAAGAAGAGGCAGAAGAAUAUGUAGAAACCCAUGAGGAAGAACAAGAGGAGGAUGAAACGGAUGAAGAUGCACGCCUAGUUAAAGAUGCUGAUCUGUUCAUGAUGGGACAGGCAGAUGAAGAUUUUCUAAUAAUGAAGCCUGCUGAGUGUGAAAGAUACUCUGAACAACUGCAAAAAGAGAAAGAAUUUCUGUUCAUUCCCAGCAUGCAGACAGUGCCUACUUCUCAGAAGAUGCCUGAAAACAUGCAGCCUAGGUACCUUGAGGAUGAGGGUCUUUAUGCAGAAGAAAGGCCCUUUGUAUCACCAUCUAAUCAAAAUAUUUUGGAAAACAGAAUUCUGAGACAGGAGCAAGGGAAAGAGUGGUUUGGUGAUGAUGGCAGAAUCUUAGCAUUGCCUAAUCCAAUUAGACAGUCUUCCACUAGGCCUCCAGUAUUCUCAUUGGAAGAAGGCAUUGUACCAGAACUUGAAACAAUCUAUAGAAAGGCAAUAAAAACAACAGCUGCCAAUCAGUAUCUCGUUGGACCUGGAGAUUUUCAGGGGCCCUUUCAACUGGAUAUUGAUAUUUCUGGACUAAUAUUCACACAUCAUCCCUGUUUUAGCCGUGAACAUGUGUUAGCAGCUAAGCUGGCUCAGUUAUAUGAUCAGUAUUUAGCCAGAAAACAGAAGAAUCUUACCGAACUUCUCACAGACAAGCUGCGUGCUUUGAGGAAUGCUGUGCAGCGUAGUGCUGACAGUGCUGGUGCUUCUGGUCCUACAGCACAACAGAGCAUACCUGAAUACAAAAUUGAAAUCAGGCAAACCAGAAGACUUCGUGAUGCUGAACAAGAAAAAGAUAGAAUGUUGCUUAAAAGUAUUGUAAAAGUUUGGAAAGAAGUGAAAUCCCUCCGUGAAUUUCAGAAGUUCACUAACACACCCAUGAAGCUUUGUUUGAGGAAGGAAGAAGUUGAUCACAGAUCUGAUGAGAAAGCAUAUGAAGCAGAAAUUCAGGCUGAGAUAAGUGAAUUACAGGAAGAAUACAUGGAAGAAUAUGAAAAGAAAAUGGAGGAGUAUAAAACUGAUCUACAAGAGUGGAAGUCCUGGAAGAAGGCACAGAAGUCCAAAAAGAAAAAGAAGAGGAAAGACCUUCAAGAAGAAGAAUCAAUAGAAGAUUAUGAUCUUGGUGAAGAACUUAUGAAACCCAUCCCCCCUAAAAUGGUCGAUAGCCUGGAAAUAGAGCAGCAGGUUAGAGAAAAAGCUAACAACUUCAGAAGGAAACCUGGAGAGCCUGCUUUAAUUCCUGAACUAGUCUUGUCAGGAAGCGUAACUCCAAGUGAGCAGUGUCCUCGGGCAGAGGUUUUACGACGGGAAGAUGUAAACAAACGCUCGGCAUUUAUAAAAGUCUUUUUCAACUCCAAAGAAGUGUCAAGGACUGUUACUCGACCACUAAGUUCAGAUUUCAGAGUUCACUUUGGACAGAUUUUCAAUUUACAAAUAUUCAACUGGCCAGAGAGUUUGAAGCUACAGAUCUAUGAAACAACGGGGCUGAGCAGUACCACCUUGCUGGCCGAAGUUUUCAUACCUGUACCUGAGACAACAGUUCUGACAGGCAGUGCUCCCAUGGAGGAGAUAGAGUUCAGCAGCAAUCAGCGUGUGGUGCUGGACCAUGAAGGAGUUGGGAGUGAUGUAUCCUUUUCAUUUGAAGCUGAUGGUAGCAACCAAAUGACUUUAAUGACUUCUGGGAAAGUAUCUACUAGUGUUUCUUGGGCAGUUGGAGAAAAAGGAAUCCCCCUAAUUCCUCCAGUAUCUCAGCAAAACACAGGAAUUCCAAGUGCUUUAAAAAAUCUUGAUGCUAUUGCAUCCAUUGGCACGUCGGGCUUAACUGACAUGAAGAAAUUGGCUAAGUGGGCAGCAGAAACAAAACUUGAUCCAAAUGACCCAAACAACGCAGCUCUGAUGCAGAUGAUUAUGAUCGCUAGUAGUGGAGAGGCCAAUAUUCCUGAUUUCUUCAGACUGGAACAGUUGCAGCAAGAAUUUAACUUUGUUUCUGAUGAAGAAUUUAAUAGAUCAAAGAGAUUCCGACUCUUGCAGCUCAGGAAUGAGGAGGUGGCAGAGUUCCGAAACUAUAAGCAAGUCCCUUUACAUGAACGAGAAAUCAGUGAGAAACUUUUCCAGGAAUAUGAGAAAAGACUACACGAGAGGGAUGUGGUUGACAAUAAGCAUUACCUGGAUGCACGCAGAGCUGUUGUUGCCAGCUAUCUGCAAAAGGUUCGAGAAUCAGUAAUUAACCGUUUCCUCAUAGCAAAGCACCAUUUCCUUCUCUCUGACCUGGUCAAUGAAGAGGAGAUUCCUACUCUGGGUAUUUUGGGACUUGGCCUCUUUAAACUGGCAGAGCCAAAACGACCAUUAAAGCCAAGAAGAAAGGAAAGGAAGAAGGUCACAGCACAGAACUUAUCAGAUGGAGACAUUAAGCUGUUAGUGAACAUCAUCAGAGCUUAUGAUAUUCCAGUGAGAAAACCAGCCACGAGCAAACUUCAACAACCAUCCAAAUCUUCCAGAUCCUUUAAUGAGAUGUUUGCAGCCUCUUCAUCUGCUCAGAGCCUAGCCAACAAUGCAGAUUGGGCAUUUGACCAGGUUUUAGUCCGUCCAUUUGUAGAAGUUUCUUUUCAGAGAACAGUCUGUCGGACAACAACAGCAGACGGCCCAAACCCCAACUGGAAUGAGGAGCUUGAGUUUCCAUUUAGAGCUCCUAAUGGAGACUACAGCACCCAUAGUUUGCAGUCAGUGAAGGAUGAGGUGUUCAUUAAUAUUUUUGAUGAAGUACUACAUGAUGUUACAGAGGAUGAUCGUGACAGAGGAAGUGGUAUCCACACUCGUGUCGAGAGGCACUGGCUGGGGUGUGUUAAGAUUCCCUUUACUACAAUAUAUUUUCAGGCUAGGAUUGAUGGUACGUUCAAGGUGAAUAUUCCUCCGGUACUCCUUGGCUACAGCAAAGAGAAGAACCUGGGCAUCGAGAGAGGGUAUGAUUCCGUGCGACAUCUGAGUGAGGGCUCCUACAUAACACUGUUCAUUACCAUUGAACCACAGCUGGUUCCUGGAGAGUCAGUCAGAGAAAAGUUUGAUACCCAAGAAGAUGAGAAAUUGCUUCAAGCAGCAGAAAAAUAUGAAGUUGAAUGUACGUCAAAGUUUCCAAACCGUCAGUGCCUAACAACUGUAAUUGACCUCAAUGGGAAAACAGUUUUUAUUACCAGAUACAUCAAGCCUCUCAAUCCACCCCAAGAGCUCCUUGAUGCCCUCCCAGAUAGCUCUCAGACAACAGCAGAAUUGGUGGCUCGAUACGUUGCUUUGAUUCCCUUUUUGCCAGACAGUGUUUCAUUUGCUGGAAUUUGUGACCUGUGGUGUACAUCAGAUCAAUUUCUUGAUCUUCUGGCGGGGGAUGAGGAAGAACAUGCCGUGCUCUUGUGUAAUUAUUUUCUUGGUAUGGGGAAGAAAGCCUGGCUUGUCAUUGGAAAUGCUAUUCCUGAGGGACAAACCACGUACGUAUUAACUUUGGAACAAAGUCAGUACGUGAUUUGGAAUCCCAGCACUGGCUGCUUUUACAGGCACUAUGAUACUUUCUGCCCCUUGCAAAGCGUGUACUGUCUGAUCAGCUGCGAUAACAUUUGGUUUAAUAUCCAACAGUGGGACUCUCCAGUAAGGAUAAGUUUUGAUAUCAGCAAACCAAAACUUUGGAAGCCUUUCUUUUCAAGAAGCUUACCAUACCCUGGGCUCUGCAGUGUUCAGCCUGAAGAAUUGGUGUAUCAGCAUUCAGACAAGGCUGCUGCAGUGGAACUACAGGGCAGGAUUGAAAAAAUACUAAAAGAGAAGAUUAUGGAAUGGAGACCAAGGCAUUUAACUCGCUGGAACAGAUACUGUACCUCCACCCUACGUAACUUCCUGCCUCUGCUGGAACAAAACCAAGGCAAAGAUGUAGAAGAUGACCAUCAGGCAGAGCUGCAAAAGCAGCUUGGAGAUUACAGGGUGUCUGGAUUUCCUAUUCAUAUGCCAUUUUCUGAAGUCAGACCUUUAGUAGAAGCUGUACACAGUACUGGAGUUCACACCAUUGAUGUUUCCAAUGUUGAAUUUGCUCUAGCUGUGUACGUUCAUCCUUAUCCCCAAAAUGUUCUCUCCACAUGGAUUUAUGUUGCUUCACUGGUACGGAAUCGGUAGUACAGAGCAGUCAGAACACCUCAACUCUGGAUGGAGGGGGGAAAUAACAGAUUUCUCACACUGCUGAUUUGAGCUAUCCCAGGUAGCUUGAAAGUCUUGCAAGAACCCGAUUUUUCAGAAGCUGCAAACGUUUAGCUUUGUUCAGCUUAAAACCACAGGAUGUAACUUAACCUCAACCAACAGUUCUGGAAUUUCAAGUAAGCUGUCCGUUUCCUCUUUAUUUCUGUACAUUACUUUAUAACUCCCUGUGGGACUUGCCAUGCUUAAAAGCAUUAAAAAAAUGCACAUAGUUAGUGAACUCA